CCGGGAGGGAGGGCGGCGCAUGGCGGCGGGCGGGUGGAACCUGGCGGGCGGGCAGCGGCGGCAGCGGCGGCGGGGCAGGGCGGGCGAGGAGGCGGCGGAGGGCGGCGCGGUGCUGCGACGGCUGCAGGAGGCGCGGAACGACCUGCUGAGCUCCGGCUUCUGGGCGGCGAGCGCCGGAGCCGUGCGGGCCCCACUGGCCGGUUGCGCGGAACAGCCCGCCCACUGCGUGUGCUACGGGCUGGGCCGGUUCAGCGGCUGCCCCGCCGCCCGGCACCAGCUGGCGUUCCUGCUGCUGCUGCUGGAGGAGCUGCGGGUGCCCCCCGAGCGCUGCGCCCUGUUCGACCCCGCGUUCACCGCCCAGGAGGCGGCUGCACUGGAACACCUGGGGCUGCGGCUGCUCCCGGAGAAUGAGGAGGGGAAACACGGCAUUGAGGGGUCGGCCACGCUUUUCUACAUGGUGCACUGUGGGAAAGCACUGUACAACAACCUGCUGUGGAGGAACUGGUCCGCGGAGGCCCUGUCCAAAAUGGUCAUCAUCGGGAACAGCUUCCGAGGCAUCGAGGAGCGAUUGUUGUCAAGAGUAUUGGAGAGAGAUUAUUCUUACAUAGCAAAGGUGUUGAAAGGGACAGAAGAAGUGGCGCUCCCCACACACCCUCGGUACCUAGACACCUUUAACGACACCUCCGUCCACUGGUUUCCCUUGCAAAAGCUGAAGGGACUGUCUCUUGAGGUCUGGAACUUUGUGGAGGAGCCAACGUACCAGGACUGUGAGGACCUGGAGAUCAUCAGGAAGGAGGACAGAGCUGAGCAGCACAGCCUGGCUGCCACGGCAUCCUGACCGUGCUCUGCCACGGGGCCACGGCUCUGCCCACGGCAGCUUCUGUGCAGCCAAAGUGAAGCUCAGGAACCAACAGCAUCAUCGUGCUCUGCCAAAAGCAACAGCACCCAAACACUGAGUGUGAUGGGACAUUUUUAUAUCUUAAUUAUUUAAUAAAUGGUAAAGCUGU